CAGCAGCCCUCGCAGGGUCUGUGGGCUGCCCGUGCCCCAGUGUCCUCUGCAUCCCGUCUGCUCCCGACUCAGCCCGGCGGCCUGGCCCUGGGGGAAGGAAGGAUGGUUCCCGAGGUGAGGGUCCUCUCCUGCUUGCUGGGACUCGCGCUGCUCUGGUUCCCCUUGGACUCCCACGCCCGAGCCCGUCCAGACAUGUUCUGCCUUUUCCAUGGGAAGAGAUACUCCCCCGGCGAGAGCUGGCACCCCUACUUGGAGCCACAAGGCCUGAUGUACUGCCUACGCUGUACCUGCUCAGAGAGUGCCCAUGUGAGUUGUCACCGCCUCCAUUGUCCACCUGUCCACUGCCCCCAGCCUGUGACGGAGCCACAGCAGUGCUGUCCCAGGUGUGCGGAGCCUCACACCCCCUCUGGGCUCCGGGCCCCCCCAAAGUCCUGCCAGCACAAUGGGACCACGUACCAACAUGGAGAGAUCUUCAGUGCCCAUGAACUGUUCCCCUCCCGCCUGCCCAACCAGUGUGUCCUCUGCAGCUGCACGGAGGGCCAGAUCUACUGUGGCCUCACGACCUGCCCAGAACCAGGCUGCCCUGCACCUCUCCCGCUGCCUGACUCCUGCUGCCAGGCCUGCAAAGAUGGGUCAGGUGAAAAGUCUGCCGAAGAGGACAGCGUGCAGUCACACCGUGGGGUGAGACAUUCUCAGGAUCCAUGUUCGGGUGAUGGCGGGAGAAAGAGAAGUCCAGGCACCCCAGCCCCCACUGGCCUCAGCCUCCCUCUGGGCUUCAGCCCUCGCCACUUCCGACCAAAGGGGGCAGGCAGCACGACUGUCAAGAUUGUCCUGAAGGAGAAACAUAAGAAAGCCUGUGUGCAUGGCGGGAAGACGUACUCCCACGGGGAGGUGUGGCACCCGGCCUUUCGCUCCUUUGGUCCCCUGCCCUGCAUCCUGUGCACCUGUCAGGAUGGCCGCCAGGACUGCCAGCGUGUGACCUGCCCCACUGAGUACCCCUGCCACCACCCUGAGAAAGUGACUGGGAAGUGCUGCAAGAUUUGCCCAGAGGACAAGGCAGACCCCAGCCAGAGUGAGAUCAGUUCUACCAGGUGUCCCAAGGUGCCGGGCCGCGUCCUCGUCCACACCUCGGUAUCCCCAAGCCCAGACAACCUGCGUCGCUUUGCCCUUGAGCAUGAAGCCUCUGACCAGGUGGACAUCUACCUCUGGAAGCUGGUGAAAGGAGGAAUGGACGAAGAAAGUGGAGCCGUUCCGCCUGGACAAGAGAAGACUCAGGGGGACAGGACUGCGGCUUCCUGGCUCUGAAGGGCUGCCCCAGACAGAGGGAGCAGCCAUGUUCUGAGUAACCGCAAGGGUCAGACAACAAGCAGGAGCUUGGGGUUCGAAUUCCAGCUCUGUCAGUUUGGAUACUGACUGCUAUCCCUUAGUUGUGUGGCCUUAGGCAAUCACCUGUCCUCACUGGGUCCCAGUUUUCUCUUCUGUUAAUUGGGGAAGAAGGUUUUUGGAGGAUUAAAUGAAAUGACAUGGGUGCGGCCCCUCACAUAUAGUAGGCGCUAAAAAUGUCAGUUCCCCCUCCCCACCCUUCCUUGGGGUUGGUGAGAAGUGCAGAGAGAUGGGUUUCAGCUUGGUUUGAGGAAGAACUCUUCAUACUUAGAGCCUCUCCGUGGUGGAAGGGAGGGAGUGAGCUCCCCUUCGAGAUGUGUGCAAGCAAGGGCUCGGAGGAUUGUCUGCAGCCAGGGAGUUAGACUCAGUAACCCUUACAAGUUUUCGAGGCUUAAGAUUCCAUCGGUCCCUGGGC